CAUCAUCCAUGUCGCCCUCACACCACCUUGACUAUCUCCUCCUCUCCAUAGCUCUUAACACACCAUGGCUCCGUCCUCCCUCGACGUUCCAACACCCUCACGUCCCACCGUCUUCAUAAACGCCAACCUCGUCGGCCGUCCCGGCGAAGGCCCGGUCACCGUCCGUAUCGCUGAUGGAAUGGUUCAGCACAUCGGCACGGAGGUCGACACGAAAGGUGCCGAGGUCGUAGACCUAACGGGAAAGUGGAUAUCCCCUGGCCUCAUUGACUGGCACACCCACUUUACGAUGAACUCCGUUGCGUCGCGGCGACUGAAUCUGUACCACUGCACAAGCGUGGCGGGCGUGUUCACUCGCGUGAAGGAAGCCCUAUCGGACUCAAGGCAUGACGAAGGGGGCCGGCUCGUGUGUAUCAACCUCCGCCUCGGAGCAUGGGGGGAUCGCGACAACCUCACACUCGAGGCGCUCGAUGCUCUCUCGCCGAAGCCUCUCAUUAUCAUCGCGAACGGUUACCAUUCAGGGUACUUGAACACUCCGGCUCUGGCAAUCGGCGGGUACACUUGUGCCGACUAUCCGAAUGGAUACUUGGAGGAGGAAACUGCGUUCGCCAUGUGGGGAAAAUUGCAGGAUACAGCCGAUGUCAAGGUGCUGGACGAAUGGGUCGCCGACGAGGCUGCGGCAGCCGCUCGUCUCGGAGUGACGGAGAUCGUCGACCUCGAGAUGGAGCACAACAUCCCCGUUUGGCAGCGCCGCGUCGCGGCCGGCUUCGACAAGCUGCGUGUCCACAUUGGUUUCUAUGUGCCCCACCUGGACGAUGCAAUUUCAGCGGGCCUGAAGUCCGGUGAUGUGGUACCAAAGACGCGCGGGCUGGUGCUGGCAGGCGCACACAAGCUCAUCACGGACGGCAGUCUGGGCUCGCAGACAGCUUACUGCUGCGACCCAUAUCCGGGCACGGAGAACCGCGGCCUCUUCGUGUUCACGAAAGACAAGCUGGCGGCGCAGAUGGCCAAGGCGACGACGCACGGAUUGACACUCGCGGUGCACGCGAUCGGGGACAAGGCGAUGCACUUGAUCCUCGAGACAUUCAAAGCGGAGUCUGACGCAGGCCGACAGGCUCUACCCGGCUCGACGAUCGAACACGCGCAGCUCGUUCAAGAGUCUGACAUACAAUUGUUCGCGGAGCUUGGCCUUAUCGCUUCUGUACAGCCUAGACACAUGGUGGACGACCGUGAGCUUUGCCACACCUUCUGGGCGGGGCGCGAGGGUCGCACUUUCCCUUUCAAGUGGUUUGUGGACGCUGGCAUUCCCAUGAAGUUCGGGACCGACUGUCCUGUCGCGCCGUUGCAGCCGUGGGAGGCGAUGGCCGUUGCCAUCAGCCGGGCCGGGGAGGGCGAGAAAACCUUUUGCCCUCAGCACCUGAUUGACCUCGAAGUCGCGUACCGGGCGUCUACCCACAACGGGCGCCUCGAUAUUGUGGAGGGCGAUCGCGCCGAUCUUGUGGUGCUGGACCGCGACCCGCUCGCUCUCGACGCCGCUGAGUUGAGACGAAUGGUGUCCUGUGGCACCAUGCUCGGCGGAAACUGGACGUACCGGAAGUAAAGAGAUGCCAAAUGAUUGCCG